GCCCGCCGUAGCCCGGCCGGCUGCCAUUCCCAAGAUGGCCGCGACGAGCACAGCUCCUGCGGCGGGUUAGAAGCGUAGGCGGAGCCGAGUCACUCCAGCACUCCGGGCUCGAGUCCCGGCGCCAGGCUGCAGCUUACUGCCCGCCGCGGCCAUGCGGAACUCUGUGCACGGAUGAGAGAAGUCAUCGCCGAGCUGGUCCCCUUUCCUGCCUUCGCCGUCACUCCUGCCGCCGCCAUGGAAGAGCCGCCGCCGUCGCCGCAGGAACCCGAGCCAGAGUGCAGCCUGGUGGCGAGGCAAGAGUGCAUAUUGGGAGAUUCAGCUUGCAAGAGUCCUGAGUCAGAUCCAGAGUAUUUUUCUGAUGAAACAAAUACAGAAAAUCUUUACAGCACUUCUCCCCCCAGCACUCCUCGCCAGAUGAAACGGAUGUCAGCCAAACACCAGAGGAAUAAUGUAGGGAGGCCAGCCAGUCGAUCUAAUCUGAAAGAAAAAAUGAAUGCACCAAAUCAGCCUCCACAUAAAGACACUGGAAAAACAGCAGAGAACAUGGAAGACUAUAGCUACAAGCAGGAGAAAAAGAUCCGAGCAACUCUUAGAACAACAGAACGUGAUCAUAAGAAAAAUGUACAGUGCUCAUUCAUGUUAGACUCAGUCAGUGGGUCUUUACCAAAAAAAUCAAUUCCAGAUGUAGAUCUCAAUAAGCCUUACCUCAGCCUUGGCUGUAGCAAUGCUAAGAUUCCCGUCUCUGUACCCAUGCCUAUAGCCAGAACUGCACGCCAGACUUCUAGAACUGACUGUCCAGCAGAUCGUUUAAAGUUUUUUGAAACAUUACGACUUUUGCUAAAGCUUACCUCAGUCUCAAAGAAGAAGGACAGGGAGCAAAGAGGACAAGAAAAUACAUCUGCUUUUUGGUUUAACCGAUCAAAUGAGCUGAUCUGGUUAGAGCUGCAAGCCUGGCAUGCAGGACGGACCAUUAAUGAUCAGGACCUCUUUUUAUAUACAGCCCGUCAAGCCAUCCCAGAUAUUAUCAACGAAAUCCUUACUUUCAAAGUUAACUAUGGGAGCUUUCCCUUUAUUAGAAAUGGAGCAAGUUUCAAUGGUACUUCAAUAGAAGGGCCAUGCAAAGCCCCUUAUGAAACAAAGAAUGUGGGUUACUCAACAUAUCAUGAGCAUCUCCAGCGCCAGAGGGUCUCAUUUGAGCAGGUGAAACGGAUAAUGGAGCUGCUAGAGUAUAUAGAAGCACUUUAUCCAUCAUUGCAGGCUCUCCAAAAGGACUAUGAAAAAUAUGCUGCAAAAGACUUCCAGGACAGGGUGCAGGCACUCUGUUUGUGGUUAAACAUCACAAAAGACUUAAAUCAGAAGUUAAGGAUUAUGGGUACUGUUUUGGGCAUCAAGAAUUUAUCAGAUAUUGGCUGGCCAGUGUUUGAAAUCCCUUCCCCUCGACCAUCCAAAGGUAAUGAGCCAGAAGACGAAGGUGAUGACACAGAGGGAGAAUUAAAAGAGUUGGAAAGUAGUAUGGAUGAAAGUGAAGAAGAACAAAUCUCUGAUCCAGGGGUACCAGAAAUCAGGACAUCCGCAGACAACAGUUCGGAUGUUCAGUUGCAAGACUGUGCAUCCAGGAAGUUUGAGAGGCUUGAGUCUGAAGAGGAGCCUAUGGGCUGGGGAGCAGCAGACUAUAGCACAGAAGCAGGCUUCAGUAGACAUUGUCUGACUUCUAUUUAUAGACCAUUUGUAGACAAAGCACUGAAGCAGAUGGGGUUAAGAAAGUUAAUUUUACGACUUCACAAACUAAUGGAUGGUUCCUUGCAAAGGGCACGUAUAGCACUGGUUAAGAGUGAUCAUCCAGUGGAGUUUUCUGAAUUUCCAGAUCCCAUGUGGGGUUCAGAUUAUGUGCAGUUGUCAAGGACACCACCUUCCUCUGAACAGAAAUGCAGUUCUGUGUCCUGGGAAGAGCUGAAGGCCAUGGACUUGCCCUCAUUUGAGCCUGCCUUCUUAGUGCUCUGCCGAGUUCUGCUGAACGUUAUACAUGAGUGCCUGAAACUACGACUGGAGCAGAGGCCUGCUGGAGAGCCAUCUCUCUUGAGUAUCAAGCAGCUGGUGAGAGAGUGUAAAGAAGUCCUGAAAGGCGGCCUUUUGAUGAAGCAGUACUACCAGUUCAUGCUGCAGGAGGUUCUGGAUGACUUGGAGAAGACUGACUGCAACAUCGAUGCAUUCGAAGAAGAUCUGCAUAAGAUGUUGAUGGUAUAUUUUGAUUACAUGAGAAGCUGGAUCCAAAUGUUACAGCAAUUACCUCAAGCAUCCCAUAGUUUAAAAAAUCUGUUAGAAGAAGAAUGGAAUUUCACCAAAGAAAUAACUCAUUACAUACGGGGAGGAGAAGCACAGGCUGGAAAGCUUUUCUGUGACAUUGCAGGAAUGCUGCUGAAAUCUACUGGAAGCUUUCUAGAAGUUGGCUUACAGGAGAGCUGUGCUGAAUUUUGGACCAGUGCUGAUGAUACCAGUGCCUCUGAUGAAAUAAGGAGGUCUGUCAUAGAGAUCAGCCGAGCACUCAAGGAGCUCUUCCAUGAAGCCAGGGAAAGAGCCUCAAAAGCACUAGGAUUUGCUAAAAUGUUGAGAAAGGACCUGGAAAUAGCAGCAGAAUUUAUUCUCUCAGCCCCAGUUAGAGACCUGCUGGAUGUUCUGAAAGCAAAACAGUAUGUUAAGGUUCAGAUUCCUGGGUUAGAAAAUUUGCAAAUGUUUGUCCCAGACACCCUUGCUGAGGAGAAGAGUAUCAUUCUGCAGUUACUCAAUGCCACUGCAGGAAAGGACUGUUCCAAAGACCCAGAUGACGUGCUCAUAGAUGCCUUUCUGCUUCUGACCAAGCAUGGGGAUCGAGCACGGGACUCAGACGAUGGCUGGGGCUCAUGGGAAGCACAGCCUGUGAAAAUCGUGCCCCAGGUGGAGACUGUUGAUACUCUGAGAAGUAUGCAGGUGGACAAUCUUUUACUAGUCGUGAUGCAAUCUGCUCAUCUCACAAUUCAGAGAAAAGCCUUCCAGCAGUCCAUCGAGGGGAUUAUGACGCUCCUCCAAGAGCAGACAUCCAGUCAGCCAGUCAUCGCCACAGCUUUACAGCAGCUCAAGAAUGAUGCACUAGAGCUAUGCAACAGAAUAAGUGAUGCCAUUGACCGAGUGGACCACAUGUUCACAUCAGAAUUUGAUGCUGAAGUUGAUGAAUCUGAAUCUGUCACACUGCAGCAGUAUUACCGAGAAGCAAUGAUUCAGGGGUACAAUUUUGGGUUUGAGUAUCAUAAAGAAGUUGUUCGCUUGAUGUCUGGAGAGUUUAGACAGAAGAUAGGAGAUAGAUAUAUAAGCUUUGCCCGGAAAUGGAUGAAUUAUGUCCUGACUAAAUGUGAAAGUGGUAGAGGUACAAGACCCAGGUGGGCAACUCAAGGAUUUGAUUUUUUACAAGCCAUUGAACCUGCCUUUAUUUCAGCUCUACCAGAAGAUGACUUCUUGAGUUUACAAGCGUUGAUGAAUGAAUGCAUUGGCCAUGUCAUAGGAAAGCCACACAGUCCUGUUACAGGUUUGUACCUUGCCAUUCAUCGGAACAGCCCCCGUCCUGUGAAGGUACCUCGAUGCCAUAGUGACCCUCCUAACCCACACCUAAUUAUCCCAACUCCAGAGGGAUUCAGCACUCGGAGCGUGCCUUUGGACACGCGGAGCCAUGGCAGCUGUGCUGCUGCUACUGCUGUUGCUGCCGCCGCUGCUGCCACCACCACCACCGGUCGCCCUGGCCCUUUUGGCGGUGACCCUGUGCCGCCCAAACCUAUCAGCACUGCCCCUGAUACCAGGGGUUCCAGCGUUCCUGAAAAUGACCGGUUGGCUUCUAUAGCUGCUGAAUUGCAGUUUAGGUCCCUCAGUCGUCACUCAAGCCCCACAGAAGAGCGAGAUGAACCAGCGUAUCCCAGGGGUGAUACAAGUGGAUCAACACGGAGAAGUUGGGAACUUCGGACACUUAUUAGCCAAACCAAAGAUACUGCUUCUAAGCAAGGACCCAUAGAAGCUAUCCAGAAGUCAGUCCGAUUGUUUGAAGAAAAGAGAUACCGAGAAAUGAGGAGGAAGAAUAUUAUUGGUCAAGUUUGCGAUACACCUAAGUCAUAUGAUAAUGUCAUGCAUGUUGGCUUGAGGAAGGUCACCUUCAAGUGGCAGAGAGGAAACAAAAUUGGGGAAGGACAAUAUGGGAAGGUCUACACCUGCAUCAGUGUUGACACGGGAGAGCUGAUGGCCAUGAAGGAGAUUCGAUUUCAACCUAAUGAUCAUAAAACUAUUAAGGAAACUGCGGAUGAAUUGAAAAUAUUUGAAGGCAUCAAACAUCCCAAUUUGGUUCGGUAUUUUGGUGUGGAACUUCAUAGAGAAGAAAUGUACAUCUUCAUGGAGUACUGUGAUGAGGGCACAUUAGAAGAGGUGUCAAGGCUGGGGCUUCAGGAACACGUCAUUAGGCUGUAUUCAAAGCAAAUCACCAUUGCUAUCAAUGUCCUCCACGAGCAUGGCAUAGUUCACCGUGACAUUAAAGGUGCCAAUAUCUUCCUUACCUCAUCUGGACUAAUCAAGCUGGGAGAUUUUGGAUGCUCUGUAAAGCUUAAAAACAAUGCACAGACCAUGCCUGGUGAAGUGAACAGCACACUGGGGACAGCAGCAUACAUGGCACCUGAAGUCAUUACCCGCGCUAAAGGAGAGGGCCAUGGGCGUGCUGCAGACAUCUGGAGUCUGGGAUGUGUUGUCAUAGAGAUGGUGACUGGUAAGAGGCCUUGGCAUGAGUAUGAACACAACUUUCAGAUUAUGUAUAAAGUGGGAAUGGGACAUAAGCCACCAAUCCCUGAAAGAUUAAGCCCCGAAGGAAAGGACUUCCUCUCUCACUGCCUGGAAAGUGACCCAAAGAUGAGAUGGACAGCCAGCCAGCUCCUCGACCAUUCUUUUGUCAAGGUCUGCACAGAUGAAGAGUGAUGCUCACCAGUCUGUGGCUUAGUAGUGUGUGGAUGCAGAGAACUCUCUCAAUCACUACUGUAUGUAAUAUUUACAGAAAGACUGCUGAGAAGCAGUGCAGCCUUAACCUUCCAAGACUGAAGACUGCACAGGUGACAAGCGUCCCUUCUCCUGCUGCUCCUGUUGUCUGACGUGGCACAGCCCUCUUGAGUGAUGGUGUCCACGAGGUUAAAGAAGCUGCAUGUUAAGUGCCAUUACUACUGUACACGGACCAUUGCCUCUGUCUCCUCCAUUUCUUGUGCAACGAGAACCGUGACAUCAGUGUAGUAUUUUUGACCUUUUGGGUUCAAAAGAAGUUGUAGUGUUAUCAGGCGUCCUGGACCUUGUUUUUAAUCUCCUGUUGUUGAGUGCACUGACUGUGAAACCCUGUCGUUUUUAUUGGCAAGCUGCAGGUUUGUUAUGCAAAAGGCUGACUAAUGAAAUUUAAGAAAAAGGUUCUUUUUUCAAUAAAUGGUUUAUUUUAGGAAAGCUAAGUUAUAUUGUCUUUUAAUGGUUAACAACUCAAGAGUCAACAGUCUAGGAUGUUAGAGCUUUUUAGAGCUUAGUCCUUUUUACCUACUUCCUCACAAAGGAGCACAGCCAGAUAUACUCAGCAGGGCGCUAGGCCGAGGGCUCACCGAGGAUCUAGCUAGGGUGUCCUUGCUGACCAGUAGCAGAUAUAAAUGAAGCAACACUAAUGGUAUAAGAUAGCCCUUCUUUUAUAUUAUCCAGCACAUUUAGAAUCAACAAAAGCUCAAGCCUUGUUAUCACAUGUUGGGGCUCAGUUUAUUUUUAAACCAAAAUAUAUAGGUGCUAGGUCAGUGUAAAUACUGCUGAAUGAGCUCUUGAUAAGAAAUCAUCUUUUUUCAGAAUGUAAACUAAUUUCAGCAGUGUUCUAAAAUAGCCAAAUUAUAUGUCAUUGAUGGUGUUCUUUAUUUCUUUUUGCUAUUAAAUUUUUUUUAAGAUUGACUUUGAAGCUUCCUUAAAUCUUUUUAGAAGAUCAUUGACUUACUCCUUACACAUAGCAGCUCCCCCUGGGUGAGUCCUUUCUUAAGCAGGUUCUGCAAUCACCUCCCUCCAGGAUAAUUGAUCUCCAACAUCCAGAGAAUGUUGACAUCACAGAAUUUAAACAGUCACUUAGAAUAUUUUUUAGAUUUGAAAUGUCUUUAUGUAAUACAGCCCUUUGAGUUAUUCACAUAAUACUUCAGCAGUAAAAUUCAUAGUUUUGAA